AUGUCAACGGUGCUGCAAGGGGUAAUUUGUUAUCUUCGAAACGAGAAAGCCUUCGAACGGCAGAAACGACAUAUCAAUGAACUGAGUAGAGAUAGGUAUGUUCUGAUCAUGAAACUUGAUGACAUAUAAUAGCGUAUCUUUAGGUUUUGCUUGCAUAAAAACGAGGCCAACAGUAUGUCAAAGGCGAUAGAAGGGAUUAUCCACGAAUCUAGGGUCAAUAAAAGAGUGGCCAAAAAGAUUAGAAAGAAGACGAAAAAGAUCGUUGUGGUCAGAGAACCCAUUGAAAGAUUCCUCUCCGGAUUUGUAGACAAAUGUAUUCGGUAUGACUCACGCCUUAUAUCGACACAUUUGUGGUCGUUUUGUUUCUGAUAAUGUCGAUCCCAAUUCUUUUUUAGAAAACCAUUUGCCAAGGAUUACUGUAACGGAUGUAAGGCCAAUAUGACUUGUUUUAUCCUAGCCGAAUACGAUCGUAUGUUGGCUCAAUCUCGAUUGAAACGAUUGGAGCGAUCUUUUGAAGACCGUCAUUUCUUUCCUCAAACCUGGCGCUGUGACUUUGAUAAACAUCCAAUUGGAACAUACGAGAAGAUACGGUACACAACGGAGAGCCAUGAACUAUUCAAAAGGUUCAAGAAUGUUUUAAAUAAUGUCCCAGAGAAAUCUCUGUCGUUUAUACAAAAGGAAUUGGAACUGCCUACAGUGCAUACGACAAGAGAAUCAGAAGCAAGGGCAUACUUGGAGAAGAGACUUCUCGGAUCGCCGUUUUUGAUGGAAUACGUUGUAAGAAUGUUUUACCAUGACUUCAUCAAUCUGGGAUACAGGCUGCCUUACUUUGA